AUGGCGGACCCACUGUUUGCGCUGUUUACUGUCAAUACAAUCAUUGGGCUAAUUGGCCUGAUUGGGAACGCCAUGGUAAUCAUUGUUAUCUGCAAAGUGAAGCUCAUGCACACACUGACAAAUGCUCUCAUCUGCAACCAGGCCGUGGUAGAUUUCCUCGGUUCUCUCUUCCUGAUCCUGUCCAGCAGCAUCACGGUCCCCGAUCCUCUCCCGGAUACCACGGACUACGUAAUUGUCUGCCACCUCUGGCUGUCAGAUUUCUUCCUGUGGGCCUGUUUCACCUCCUCUACCUUCAACCUGGUGUCUCUCACCUGCGAGCGCUACGUAGCUAUCGUGUACCCGUUUAAAUAUGCCACUCUUUACACCAAAACGUCAGUCGUUGGAAUGAUUGCGGCCAUCUGGCUAUUAGGACUCAUUCUUGAGGGGGCUUACGCGGCUGCGUCAAACAGAUACGAAAACGGCCAGUGUUUCCUCUCCACUUCAGUCAGUUCCCGGGUGCUUGGAAUCGUCUUAAUCGUGUUCAAGUUCUUCAUCCCUGCGAUCCUUAUGUUAUUCUUCUACUCGCACAUGACCGUAGAGUUAAAGCGAAGCGCCAAUCGCGUCGGUGCCGACGCCCCGACCGUGUCAGCCAGUUUGGCCCUGGGCGGCGCUUCGGGUGAGACCCGCUCAGAAAACGCCCAGCAAUCGCUGCUUCGGGCCCGCCGCAACGUCUUCAAAACCCUCGUGCUCGUUUUUGUCACCUUCCUGGUGUGUUGGACCCCUAGUCAGGCGCCCCCUUUUUACACCAGUAAUGAGGUGACGGCAAGAGUAGGAUGCGACGACACGACGCGACAGCACAACAGCAGGACGGGACCCAACGACGGCACGACGUAA